GUAACAACCGGCUCAUAUCAUCUGUCCGGUGCUGCUGCCAGCUCAGCCCCUCCUCCUCCUCACUCCCUCCCUCUUCCUCCCUCCAUGCUGGUCUGCUCCCUCCUCCUCCUCCCUCCCUCUUCCUCCUCCCUCCCUCUUCCUCCCUCCCUGCUGGUCCACUCCCUCCUCCUCCUCCCCCCCUCCUCCCUCCCUCCCUGCUGCAGCUUCAGGAGGAAGCUGGUCCUCCCUGCAGUCUGUCAGAUUGCAGCAGACUGCAGUCUCUCUCCAUCAUCUCUCUCCUCUCCUCCUCCUCCUCCUCUUCCUCCUCCUCCCUGCACUCUCUGGCAGGUGGAAAAGACUCACACGAGGCCAGGAUGAUGAUUUUCCUCUCAGUCUGGGCGCUGUUGGCCUUCGUGGUCUCUGCUGAAGGAAGCGUUGGACCAAGCACCAACACCAGCUUCUGCACCGAGUCAAAGGAAUGUCUGGAAUAUCAGCUGGUCUGCAAAACAGAUGAAUAUGAGGUGCGACACUACAGCCCCACUCGCUGGGUGUCAACAGAUGCCGAAGCCUACUUCAUGGGUGUGGGAGCAGCCAUGGCCUUCAGGAGACUCUUCCAGUACAUCACUGGAGCCAAUGAUCAAGGCAUCCAGAUGGACAUGACGGCCCCCGUCCUGGUAAAGAUCCCAGAGGAGACCAAGAUGUGGGAGCCCGCUAUCUACUCACUCAACUUCCCGCUGCCGGCGGCCUAUCAGGAGAAGCCGCCCGCGCCCACCAACGACAAGCUGUAUUUCACUGAGAUGCCAGAAAUGGACGUGUAUGUGAGGAGUUACGGAGGCUGGAUGCUGUCCGUCACCUCCAGGCUUCACGCUCACCUGCUGACUAAAGAACUGGGCAGAGUUGGAGCUUCCUACAACCACAGCUACCACUACGGAGUCGGCUAUGACAGUCCCUUAAAGCUGUUGAACAGGCACAAUGAGGUGUGGUAUGUGGCCGAGGGGCAGCCGGUUUGCACAGAUCCACAGGAGCCGACCCCGGCACACACCCCCAGGCCGACUCUGACCAACUCGCCCACGGACUCUCCGUCUGAACCUCUCCCGCACACACUCUCUGACUCACCCGCACUCACCCCCUCCAACCUGUCCUCAUAUGCAACGUCCAACUCCUCCGACACACCCGCUCUCCCCCCCAUCUAACGCCCCACCUAGUCCUUCAUCCAACAUGCCCGCUGACGCCCCCUUCAGCCACCCCCCCCGACCUCGGCCCAGAUCCUGCUGGACCCGACAACCAACUCCACCGACCCCGCCUCUGUGAGCCCGUCCCUGGAGCCCCAGUCUGACGGCGCCCUGGGGAACAGCACAGCCCACAGCUCUCUGGGCACACAAGCUGACAGUAACCCUGUGGUGCAGCCAGACGACGCUCACUAGCAGCAGAGAAACAAGCAGCUUUCCAGGUAUAUUAACACGGAGUCUAAAUAGAAAAGGAGCAGUGGAGAUGUUGCAGAAAAGCUGUUCUCUUCCUCCUUAUCUCUCUAUUCCUGUUAUUACACUAACUCCUCCAGAGGUGUGGACUUGAGUCACAUGACUUGGACCCGAGUCACAAAUUUGAUGACUUUAGACUCGACUUGACCAAAUCAAAAAUGACUUGACACUCGACUUGGUUUUUAAAACCAGUGACUCGUGACUUCACUUGGACUUGAGCCUUUUGACUUGAAAACAACAUAAAGUGUGUGCACGAAGACGAUCAACUGCCCGGUACUGGAGGUAACUCCGACAGCGUUGGAGAUGUUGGGUUUAUUUACUUUCUGAGAGAUCCUUUAUUUGUUUGUUUGGUUAGAGGAUUUACUCGUGGGGGGGGGAAUAACUGAACUGAAAAAAAAUGCCCCCUCUCUCCGUUCAGCGUGCGCCAUCAUCCACGUGUAUUUGGGUUUAUGUUGAGAUCAGCAGUACGCAGCGGAGCAUCGUAAAACACUUCAUUCAAACUGGACAGAAACAAAAUAAAACUCACCUAAACCGUCGUCGUUACUCUUUCCAACAAUCACCAAGCGUGCGUUGGUCAAAGUCAACUCUAAUUUCACUGAGUUUAUUGCGAAAAAACGCUGAAUCUACGAGGUGUGUCCCCUUACCUCCAUCCCCCGCUCUCUCUCUGUCCCUCUCUCUGCUGGCAGAAGGAAAGAGGCUAGGUGACGCU